CCCCAACAAAACACUGCCCCGAGACCACCAGCACAGCCACCAGCACAGACUGGAAAGCACGGCAGGAAACUCCCAGCAAGCAGAAAGCGAUGAAGGGAAAGCUGCUGCCAUACAAAGCCGUGCACCCGCCAGCGCCCCAAGCACAGCCACCAGCAGCACCGGCAAGCCUCACCAGGCUCCUCCUGCCCAGCACCACCCGACAGCACCCACAGAACCAGCAUGGCUGCGCCCACCGCCACACAGCCGCGGCUGCCGCACGCCGCCCCGCCGCUCCUGCUCCUGCUCACCGCUCUGGCCACCAGCCUCGCCUGCCAACACCUCUGGACGCACGACGACACCUUCCCCGGCGACGCGCUCCGCCUCCUCCAGGACACGGCUCCCAGUCACACACAGCCCUGCCACCUCCAAGAGCCGCCCUUCUUCCCCGACACCCUCCUCCACGACAACCUCCACCCGCACCAAGCCGCCGCCACCGCCCUACGCAUCCUCCAGCACCUCUUCCACACCCUCAGCUCCAACAGCACCCGCCAGCACUGGCCCAGCCACGCUCGCAACCAACUCCUCAACAAACUGCAGCACCACAUCCACCACCUCGAGCAAUGCCUCCCCGACAACGCCCCGCUCUUCAAAGGACCGCGCAACCCGCUGCUCGCCAUCAACAAGUACUUCAGGGACAUCCACCUCUUCCUCCUCGCCCACAACCACAGCGCCUGCGCCUGGGACCACGUCCGCCUCGAAGCUCGUGCCUCUUUACGGCACCUCCACAACCUCACACGCACCGUGCGCCGCUAG